AUGGUGGAAGGGAGGAAUUUUACAGUUAACAGUGAGGAAAAAGAGAGCAAUUGUCUACUCCAGCCCAUUCCAUCCCAUAAGAAAGUGUCGGCUGCGGUGUUCCGGUUCAGAAUCGUCCACGAGUCGUCGGAAACACAGAGGAUGGGGCUGAAGCCGCUGGUCGUUACCGUCCUGUUAGCAGUGGCUGUCGCCUAUUACAUCUACCGGCCUCUGCCGGAGGCCAUCCGGGAGCCCUGGAAGUUGAUGAUGCUGGACGCGGUGUUCAGGUCAGCCAUGCACCUGGCCUCUCUGAAAUCCUCGCUGGGCCUUGAUCAUUACAUCCCAUCAAUCAGACAGUCAACGGAAGCUUUUGAAAGUUCCAUGAAGGGGUUCUCGAGCUCUGGCGGAGGGUUAUUCGCUGGAGUGAAGGUGAGCGACAUCACUUUCAGCGGCGUCCCGGUGAGAGUCUAUGAGCCCCCAGCCGGAGGAGAGGGCCACCUGAGGAGAGGUGUGAUGUUUCUCCACGGUGGUGGCUGGGCUCUCGGCAGCGGCAGAAAGGGGACCUACGAUACCAUCAACCGAAUGGUUUCAGAUGAGCUCAACACCGUUGUGGUCUCUGUGGAGUAUCGUCUGUAUCCAGAGGUGCUUUUUCCGGUGCCUUAUUUAGACUGCCUUGCUGCUGCCAAACACUUCUUAUCUCCAGAAGUUCUGACCAAGUAUGCAAUCGACCCAGAGCGUGUGGCCGUGACAGGGGACAGCGCUGGAGGCAACUUGGCUGCUGCUGUAGCUCAGGAGAUAUCCUCCGACAACAGCAUGACUGUGAAAUUCAGCGCCCAGGCUUUGAUCUAUCCAGUGCUUCAGACUCUGGAUUUCAACACUCCUUCCUACUUACAGAACCAACAUAUGUGCGUCCUCACCAAAGAGUUAAUGGUCCAGUUCUGGUUGCAGUACCUCGGUGUUGAACUUUCCCUGCAACCCCAGUUCACCGCUAACAAUCACAGUGCCUUACAGCACUCCGCUUUAACCCCAGAGCUGAGGUCACGAGUCGACUGGAGCGCCCUGCUUCCUCAGAGGCACAAGAAGAACUACAGGCCUGUCGCUGUUGAGAGAGGGUUGGAUGGGAUUCUGAAGAAGGCCCCGGGGCUCCUGGAUGUUCGGGCUGCGCCGCUCUUAGCCGGACCAGAGGUGCUGGCUAAAUGCCCUCGCACGUACAUCCUAACGUGCGAGUAUGACGUGUUGCGGGAUGACGGGCUGAUGUAUGCCCGGCGCCUACAGGACGCCGGGGUCUCCGUCACCAACGACCACUACGAGGACGGCUUCCACGGAUGCCUCAGCUUCAUUGCGUGGCCUUUAGACUUUGAUGUGGGGAAGCGGGCAGUCAGGGCUUACAUCGACUGGCUUCAGAACAACUUGUAA